UGAACACAUUAAGAGUAACUGUCCGAGAUUUAACUCUGUUCUGUUUGCAAAAUACUAGUUCCCGCGGAUGAAUAUCAUAGCGUUAAAAGAGAGAUCCUGUGAACUGCAGAGAAAGUGAAUCCGCAAAUCUGAGCUCAUCGGGAAAUCACUGGGUGAAAGGAUGGACACCCAGAGUCAGGUUGUGGAGAGGUUGCGGACAGUGUUUAGUUCGGGCAUCACGAUACCAGAGCAGUUUCGUCGAACUCAGCUGACCAAGCUUAUGUCAAUGAUCAAAGAUAAUGAGGAAGAGAUUUUAAAUGCACUGCACAAAGACCUCGCGAAGCCAAAAUUUGAGGCCAUCCUGUCCGAGGUUGAUAUAGUGAUCAAUGAGCUGCACUACGCCAUCGCUAACUUCGCAAACUGGAUGAAGGCGGAGUAUGUCAGCAAAACUCUGGCCACAAGGCUAGAUGACUGUUUUAUACGGAGGGAGCCAUUAGGAGUUGUGUUAAUCAUUGGGCCGUGGAAUUAUCCCCUGCAACUCCUUUUGUUACCCUUGGUUGGAGCCAUUGCUGCAGGAAACUGUGUGGUCAUCAAGCCUUCAGAGGUCAGUGCUGCCACAGACCGUCUGAUAGCAGAACUCAUCCCCAAAUAUUUGUCUCAGGACUGUUAUGCUGUUGUUCGUGGUGGAGCAGAAGAGACCAAGGCACUUCUGCAGAAUCGCUUUGACCGAAUCUUCUACACAGGUUCACAGACUGUGGCACGCAGCAUCCUGCAGGCAGCCUCAGUCCACUUGACCCCAGUGACCUUGGAGCUGGGCGGGAAGUGUCCGUGCUUCAUAUACGGGCGGGUAAACAUCGCAGCCGCCGCUCGCCGCUUGGCGUGGGCCAAGUUUUUUAACGCCGGCCAGAGCUGCGUGGCCCCGGACUACGUGCUGUGCUCACCGGCCACCCGGGACGCCCUGCUGCCUGCACUGCGUGAGACCUUGGAGGAGUUCUACAGCAAGGAGCCUCAGACUUGUCCUGACCUCUCCCGCAUCGUGUCACCCCGACACUGGACUCGACUGAUGGAUCUACUCGGGAGGUCCAGUGGCAAGGUUGUCGUGGGAGGAGAGAGCAACCAGGAGGACAAGUACAUAGCUCCCACAGUGGUGGUGGAUGUGGCUGAAGACGAUGCGUUAAUGCAGGAGGAGAUUUUCGGCCCCAUCCUGCCCAUCCUCACUGUGGAGUCUCUGGAGAAAGGCAUCGAGUUGAUCAACCGCAAAGAGAAGCCACUGGCCCUCUAUGUGUUCUCCGACGAAUCUUCUGUGGUAAACACAGUGCUGGAAAAGACCAGCAGUGGAGGCUUCUGUUCUAAUGAUGGGAUCAUUUACAUGACCCUGCCAAGCCUGCCUUUUGGAGGUGUAGGGGCCAGUGGUUGGGGCAGUUACCACGGCCGCUGGGGCUUUGAGGAAUUUAGCCACCGGCGGGCCUGCAUGCUGCGCGGCUGGGCUUUAGAGAGACUCAACGGCCUGCGUUACCCACCUUACAGAGAAGAUAAACUGAGCUGGCUGCGCUGGACCACCUCCCCAAAGACCAGCUGCUCACUUAUGUGAUGACAGGCAAGGUGUGUGUGUGUGUGUGUGUGUGUGUGUGUGUGUGUGUGUGUGUGUGUGUGUGUGUGUGUGUGUGUGUGUGUGUGUGUGUGUGUGUGUGUGUGUGUGUGUGUGUGUGUGUGUGUUACUUUAUAUGCAGGAAAGUGAGUGAUUGGGGGAUUAAUCAUUCUUUUUUUUAUCUGUCAGGAAGGUUGUUUGUGUAUUUGUGUGUAUUAACAUACUGGUGGCUAGUGCACUGUUUUGUGUUUUGUGCACUUUUUAUCACACAGGUUGGUCUCGCAAAGCAGACUUCUAUAACACUGUGUAACAAUGUUGCUGUCACUAACUAUAAUGUAGUAUCCACUGUGUCUUUAGAUGAUAUUCUAUCCCCAUAUUUUCCUCAUUGAGUUCUUUGUUGGCACAUAUUUACUUUCAUGGUUCAAUUAUUCUGGUUAGCAGAACCCAGAUUAUACACAAGUGUUUUAUUUGAUUGAUAAAACAAUUAAAUCUGGCUCAGAUGUUAAUUGACAGGGAUCCUACGGCCUGCUUAUUGUUAUCCUCUUAUACUGAAAUCUUUAUUUGGUGAGAAUGGUGUAACUGUAUUUAAUAGCAUCAUUUGACUGUCACUGUAAAUCUUUUGUAAUGUUUUAAUCAGUUGGUUUCUUUUUUAAUGUUUUGCCUGUAUUUUAUUUUUUUCCCAUGAAAUAGUGUAAAUAAAUUUCAACUUUUACAUUUA